UAUAUAAAUUAAUUUUCUCUGUCGUCAUAUUAAAAAAAAAAAGAAAAGAUUAUCUGUAUUUCAAGUUUCGUGAGCGUUUGCCACCACAACAUUGUCUUCUCGGGGUUUUAGUCAUAUUUAAUGGCUUCCAAUUCAGAGAAAAAUCCUCCUCCUUCAGAUGAAAAACCCAAAUCGACGGAGGAGAAUAAGAGUUCUAAGCCGGAAUCAGCUUCUGGGAGUUCACCUUCACCAGCUAUGCCUGGCUUGAAUUUCAAUGCUUUUGAUUUCUCUAAUAUGGCUGGUAUCCUCAACGAUCCAAGCAUCAGAGAAAUGGCUGAGCAAAUAGCUAAAGAUCCUGCCUUUAACCAAUUGGCUGAGCAGCUUCAGAGAUCUAUUCCAAACGCUGGUCAGGAUGGUGGUUUCCCUAACUUUGAUCCACAACAGUAUGUCAACACAAUGCAACAAGUUAUGCAUAACCCUGAAUUUAAGACAAUGGCGGAGAAACUUGGUACCGCCUUAGUGCAGGAUCCACAAAUGUCUCCUUUUUUGGAUGCUUUUUCGAAUCCUGAAACAGCAGAACACUUUACUGAGCGUAUGGCGCGGAUGAAAGAAGAUCCAGAGUUGAAACCUAUACUAGAUGAGAUUGAUGCUGGUGGUCCUCCUGCCAUGAUGAAGUACUGGAAUGAUCCAGAAGUUCUGAAAAAGCUGGGUGAAGCAAUGGGUAUGCCUGUUGCUGGCUUACCGGACCAGACUGUUUCAGCUGAACCUGAGGCAGCAGAAGAAGGUGAAGAAGAAGAGUCUAUUGUUCAUCAAACUGCAAGUCUUGGUGAUGUUGAGGGUUUGAAAGCUGCCUUGGCAUCGGGUGGUAACAAAGAUGAAGAAGAUUCUGAAGGAAGGACAGCAUUGCAUUUUGCUUGUGGAUACGGCGAGUUGAAAUGUGCUCAAGUUCUUAUCGAUGCUGGAGCAAGUGUUAACGCGGUUGACAAAAACAAGAACACACCUCUGCAUUAUGCUGCUGGUUACGGGAGGAAAGAGUGUGUAAGCCUUCUCCUGGAGAAUGGUGCUGCAGUCACUCUGCAAAACCUAGACGAGAAGACACCAAUUGAUGUAGCCAAGCUCAACAGUCAGCUCGAGGUGGUGAAGCUGCUUGAGAAGGAUGCUUUCCUUUGAGUUUCUGGUUAAAGGAAGCUCUAAGCUCAUAUUGUCUUUGAGGCAUUUGUCUUUUGUGUGUCCUGAGCCAGUUUCACAGGCUUUUUGUGUACACUGUUUCUUAGUUCCUCUCUCCUUCUAAAUUUCUCUCUUAUGUUAUUUUGAUUCCAUUAAAAAGUCAAUAAAGAAAGAAAUAGCAAUCAAUUAUGAUUAUAUUCCUGAAGUUUA